GCGGCGCCGAUGGGCAGUGGCGAGGGUGGGCGCCAUGGCGCGGCGUAGCGGCCAGGCUCCGGCUCCGGCUCUGCAGCCACCUGAAUGCACACAGACCUGGCGUCAGCGCCCGUCUCUGCCCAGCCUGUGCGGCCAACCCGGGCCGCUGCCGCAGCGCGCGGAGCUUGUCACCCCUCCGCGGCCCGGGCCGUGGGUACGCGCAGCGAAGGAAGCCCCAGCCCUGCCUGGACCCCAGGCCAGCCUGUCCGCGGCCGGCUCGUCCUUCUGCCCUCAGCUACGGAGCAGCGGCCCCGGCCAGGCAGGGAGACCUCUCCCUUGGCUCACUCCGAGGAAACCUGAGGCAUGAAAACAGGAGGGACUAACGAAUGCUCAGGGACGUGGAAUUAAUCCUGGCUCUCCGCAGGACUGACACAGCUUGGGGACCGUCAGGGGACGCACCUUCAGGUCCGAAUACCUGGGCAGGGUCAUACCUGAGGACUGCCACUCCCUGGGACCCUGACAGGCGCUCUCCCGCCCGCACUCGAGACCCUUCCCCAGAGCUGGUUCCUUCAACCACAAGAUCAGCGCAGGGACUCUAGAACGGCCCGCCCCCGGCCCGCUCAUAGGCUGGACGGCUAGGAACUGCCGCGCCAUUGGCCGCUGUCUAGGUCGCUAAGGGCUGCGGCCACGCGAAUCCCGCAUGGGAGAGGCGAAGCCGGUUCAAACCGGCGGCGCGAGCAACCUGGCGCGACCCCCAUCCCGGGCUGCUUCCGCGCCAUUUAGUCUGUUCCCAUGGAAGCGGACCCCCGUCCCUCCAUCUCCAGGCUGCCGCCUCUAUUCGUCAUCUCAUCCCUGGCGGAACUUCACCAAAUCUGUUUCCUCUCAUCGUCAUACAUCAUCUCCCUAUGCCCCUAUUCGUGCGCCUUCUGUACGCCUAGCACCUUCGCCCAAUGCCCAGAUCCCCAGGACCCAGCUCACCCGGCUGCUACUGGCGUGUAUCGGGCCCGGCCGGCGACUUUUCUGCCUCCUUUUAUUCCAGCGCUUUAAUUCCGACCCCAAGACGAAAACACUGUCGCACCCUGAUUGGCUGAGUGGGGGCUGGAAACAGCCAGUGACCAAUCAGCAGCUACCCGCCCGCCCGGCGGCGAGCAGAAGCCGGUUCCGGCCGGACUUGGGAGACAAACAAGAGAGCUGGGGGGGGCCAGGGGCAGUGGUGGGUUGCCUCUGGUCUGCUGCCUUAAACUGGAGUAACAGCCCGGCUGGGAAUCCCCCGGGGCAUUACCCCCAGCGUCUCUCCAGAGCCUUACUCCGAAGCUCUGACCCUGGGUUCUGUCCCCCCGUCGAUGCUCCGGUAGACUGCAUGCCUGCCUCUCUCGCACACGCAGCUGGGCUCCUUGCACUCGGUUCUUCUCCAGCCGGCUACACAGUCCCCAGCUUCCCCUCUGUCCUGGGCACCACGUCCCGAUGCUCUGGCUCCGUGUGGGUUGUUCUGCUCCUGCCACCUCCAUUGCCUGUCCCACGCAACGCUGCCAUCCCCAGCUGCCUCGGGCUUUGUGUUCUGAUUUCACUCGUCUGCCCCCAGUGUCCUCCAUCCAGGCGCUGUCUGCACAUCCCGGAUCCCCGGACCCCUGUCCAGGCGUGGGGUGCCUCUUCCCUGCGCUCCUGACACCGAUCCGUCUCUGGGGUGCCAUCUGCCCGAUCCCUAGACGAUGCUCUUGGGGGAUCCCUAGGAAUGCAGCUGGUGUUCAUCCAGCCUCCAGGCUCAGCCCCUCAAAUCCAUUUCUUCACCCAACCCCAUCCCAGUGAGCUGUGGGAAAUGUCUUACUCAACUUCGUAUACCCCCUCAACACAGAAGCAAGAACAAAGAAGAUGCACAAUAUUGAGUUUGUUGAGUAAACACAUGAGCAAAUGAAAAGGGGUAGAAGGUACCUGCUUCUAGGGACAAAGGAUGGAAGCUUUGUCCUUCAAAGCUGGGAGAAUGAUGGUACUGACAAUAAUAAUUACCCUUCAUUGAGAACUAAAAUUUUACUAGGUGCUUUA